AUGGCGACCGACAAUAAUUCCUCCAAAGGAAAAGCCAAGCAACUUAUCCCAUCACCCCAGAUGUUUGCAGACGCGACAGCAUGUCUCAAGCCGCUGGCACACUUUGACAUCCUAGAGUACUGUCUUGGAUUCGAAAAUUCAAGCUUUCCAAAGAUUAUGGAGUGUUGUGUUCUGUUGAGUCUAAUCAUUGAUCCCAGCAAACAAGAAAAGAAUCUCUGGUCAGAAGUAGGCUUCUCUGUUGUAAGACGUAAAAAGACACAAGAGCACAUCGAGAACCCUGGAGAUCACAGCGAGGCUAUGAUGAAAUCCGUCAGCUUCCAUCAUAUGCGCAUCAAAGACAACAUGCGGUACCUCAACUCCGUCCAAUAUGCCACGGAUCCCAAUCAAUUCCGCAAUCGAUUUGGGGAAACUCGCUUCACAGAGAUGAAGGAAGCUAGGAAGGAAGUCGAAGAUAUUUUCAGGGGCCAGCCGGUUGUCCUCUUAGCUUUCACUGAGCAAGACAAAUCUGUCGCCUUUCCUGAACUCCUACAGGCUCUACCCGACAUCUUCGAUAAUGUCGUUGCUAUUAUCAGCACGCAACGCAUAGCUCGUGAGCGGGGCAUCGAUUGGAAUCCGGAGAACCCAAUGACAUUUGAAAAAUUAUGCGAAUAUCUCGGUUAUAAGUGUCAAAGUCUGGAUGGACCGUCAAACUACGCAGGCUAUAACAUGGUCGCGGCCAUACAAAUGGCUAUGCGCAGCAGGAUUCCAUUGGCUAAGAUAUCGCUUCAGACCAAGGCAGACGUGUCCGCACCAUUCAUGGAUUCUGUCCUCACGAUAGCUUGGAUCACACCACAUUCGAGGUCCCCACUUUCACCUGGUGCCUUACUGCUCGAUUCCUCUUCGUCGCAUGCAAAGUCACGAGGUGCUUUGUCCAUCAACAGGUUGCGAAUCGAGUUUGUUCCCAUGCACCACCGUCCAUGA